AUGGCGUUUAACAAGCAGACCGAUGUGGCGGCGGUGUCGGAACAGUCCGAGGUCAAGAGGUUGCUCGACCUGGAUACGGUUUCUUGGUGGAAGCGUCCGAACCUUAGGCGGCUGUAUCUCUGCCUUGUGCCUGCCGUUCUGGGUGUCGAGAUGACCUCUGGUUACGACGGCAGCAUCCUGAACGGUCUUCAGGCAGUCCAGCCAUGGCUCGAUUACUUCGGGAAACCAAGCGGUGCCCUUCUCGGCGCCAUCACGGCAGCUUUUAGCAUAGGCGCCGUGAUCGCCUUGCCCAUUGUUCCCGUGGUCAACGACAGGGUUGGACGAAAGCACAGUAUCACCAUUGGCUCCUUGAUUAUCAUUGUUGGCGUCAUUCUCCAGACUGCCUCCGUCGAUCUGGCCAUGUUCCUCGUCGCUCGACUGCUCCUUGGUGUCGGCAUCCCUUUCUGUAUCUCCGGUGCUUCCCAGCUUAUCGCUGAGCUCACUUUCCCGAAACACUCCAGCGUCCUCAACGGUCUAUUCAACGAGUCUUGGUACGCUGGUGCGAUCAUUGCUGCAGGUGUCACGCUAGGCACAUACGCGAUUCCGAACAACUGGUCGUGGCGCAUCCCGUCGCUCCUUCAGAUCGUGCCUUCGAUGCUACAAAUGACUUUCAUUUGGUUCAUCCCAGAAAGCCCUCGUUGGCUUGUCUCGCGUGACCGCAGCGACGAAGCAUUCGAAAUCCUGGUCAAGUAUCACGCUGAAGGCGACCGCAACAGCGCGCUUGUCCAUGCCGAAUUCGCCGAAAUCCAGGCAACCGUGCGCCACGAGAUGGAGAACUCCAAGCGGCACUGGGUAGAGCUGCUCCAGACGCCUGGCAACCGGAAGCGUGUACUCAUCGCCGCGUGCGUUGGCACCUUCUCACAGUGGUCCGGCAACGGCCUCGUUUCGUAUUACCUUGCCAAAGUGUUAGCGACGGUUGGCAUCACCAAGAAGAAGAUCCAGAAUGAGAUAAACCUUGGACUUACUUGCUGGAAUCUUGUCACAGGUGUAACUGGAGCCUUUCUCACGAAGAAGAUCAACCGCCGUACACAGUAUCUCAUUGCCUUCGUUGGCAUGACUGUCCUUUUCGCUUGCUGGACGGGCGCAAGCGCCGACUAUGCCAAAACCAAGAACCAGUACGCUGCUGGCGCCGUCGUCGCGAUGCGACAGAUCUUUGUUUACUAUAUGUUCUACACCAUCAUGCAUCCUUUGACCUACGUCUUCGUCACCGAAGUGUUUCCGUUCGUACACCGUGCAAAGGGUGUUGCCUUGACACAGUUCUUCUCGCGUGGAGCAGCGUCCUUCAACAGCUUUGUCAACCCGAUCGCUCUGGGCGCAAUCGGUUGGAAGUUAUACAUUGUUUAUGUUGCCUGGCUGGCCAUAGAGACCACCAUCAUCUUCUUCCUAUACCCCGAGACGAAGGGCCCGACACUCGAAGAGCUCGGAAGACUGUUCGAAGAUGUUAACCCGAUGGUUAAAGGACAUUUGGAUCUGGAGAGGAACGAGAAAGCUGAGGACUCUCAUGUUACCUACGUGGAGGACCAGCCGAAGAUGUAG